GGCGAACGCGGUUACCGUGGAAACCGCGGCCAUGGCGGCACCGCGGCAAGUCCCCAGCCACACAGUGCCCUGCAAGCCCAGCUGCUCUACAAACUCGUCGUUCACCCGGACAUCGGUGCCCACCGUGUCUCUCGGGUCCCGCGAGCUGCCUGUUUCGCCGUGGCAGGUCGCCGAGCCGUCGAGCAAGAAUCUGUGGGAGCAGAUCUGCGAGGAGUAUGAAGCUGAGCAGCCUCCCUUUCCAGAAGGAUAUAAAGUCAAACAGGAGCCUGUGAUUACUGUUGCGCCAGUAGAGGAAAUGCUUUUUCAUGGCUUCGGUGCAGAGCACUAUUUUCCGGUUUCCCAUUUCACCAUGAUCUCACAUACACCCUGUCCUCAAGAUAAAUCGGAAACAGUCAACCCAAAAACAUGUUCUCCCAAAGAAUAUUUGGAAACUUUCAUCUUUCCUGUUCUGCUUCCCGGAAUGGCUAGUCUGCUUUACCAAGCGAAGAAAGAAAAAUGUUUUGAGAGGAAAAGAACCAAAUUCAUUGCCUGUGAUUUUCUGACCGAGUGGUUAUACAACCAAAAUCCAAAGAGGGCAGGGGAGCCAUUCACAGAAUUUUUCUCCAUUCCAUUCGUGGAGGAGCGGCUAAAGCAACACCCAAGGCCGCCAAUCCCACUCUCCCUCCUGCUGACAGAAGAGGAAGCAGCCCUCUACAUUCAAUCCUUCUGGAGAGCCUAUGUGGAAAUAUCCAGAAUAGGCAAAUCCAGAGAGACUGUGGAUCUAAAGACACAGAGAGGCUAUGGAGACUACAGCAGGUUCGCUGUGAUCCUGAGAUUCAAGAACUGCGUCAGUGGCAGAAGAAACUUCGCGAGGCCAAGCACAUUCACCAGCGAGUCAAAAUUUUCUGGGCCAAGCAAGAACAAAAAGUGAAAUGCAAAAUGGAGGACGAUGCGGUACCUGCAGCCAAGAUGAAAAUUCCAUCAUCUUAACCAUAGCUAAGAUGUAUCUUUGCCCAUUCGAGCACAAGUUACCUCGUGCAAGGAAAAUGUCCAAAUGAUGCUCUCUCUCUUGUGAUUUCUUUAACAAGACUUGGAACAUGUGAAAAUGGAAUCUUUUCUGUACAAGAUAGGAUUCGUUGCAAACAAGCUUUAGUGCAAAUAGUUUAGAAAAGAAAGGACCAAUCUUCACUUUCUGCAUUAUCCCCACAUUUUAUUCAUUCAUCCAGAUUACUUCUUCAGUGUCUCAGGAGUAUCCUUCUACACCAGCUGCUGUUAAAAUGUACCAUGAACUCUAGUCCCAAGAGAUACAGAAGUGCUCUUAUUACCAGUUUUCCCACUUGUGGCCGCCUUUGCAAAGAUCCAUAUUCUAAUUUAAGUCCCCAACCUCUGAAUUUGGUUUUAAGUUUACCUAGUGACUGACUACUCUCUUUAUAAAAAAGACCUUAUACUUAUGAUCAUUUCCAAAGGAGACCACUCCUUAACUUUUACUGCAAACCCAACAAGAUGAGACACUUAAACCCAGACAGAUGUAACAAAGGAUUUUUGUUGUCUAAGUCCCAAAGUAUUAUAUGGAAAGUUCCUGCUUUUAUGGGUAAACUUAUUACCUUAAUUUGUUCUGUGGUUUGCCAUUAACCAAGAUUCUGCCAUUUAAAAUGCCACAGACUGAGCCUCCGGGCAGAUUUGAAAGCCUAGUAGUUAGUUGCAUUGGGUUGUUUUGACAAGCUACCACACAUCUUAAGUAAAUAGUAAAGCCUUUAUUUUUGUGUUAAGAACAGCAUUUUGAAAAUAAAACCUAUCUGCCCAUGCUUUACAACCUUUUAAAUUUGUAAUAUUUAUAUAGUCGUUUAUGGUACAUAUUGAUUGUCUUGAAAUUUCUUUAACUUUUUUUAUAAGUAUGCAACAGUCAGCCAGGGGGAAGAUAAAGGUACAUUAUAAAACACACAUUAAUGCAUUUAAUAAAUAUAUAUUAUCUAUCAAAAGUGAGCCUUAGCUCUUCAUCAAUUAAUAAAAAGCACCUGCUGAGAACUCCUG